AUGGCGCUGCGCCUCCGGGCCAGGCACCAGCAACCAGAGGGUUCGUUCUGGCUGGCCUUGCUGAACUUCUUCCACCCCGAAGAAAAGCUGCACGUUGGAGAAGAAGGUAGACGCGUCCGUCGAAAUAAAAGGAGUAAAGGCAGCGAAGGGCCCGACGGUGAGUCCCGCUUUGUUCCUCGCUACCGCGCUUCUCGCCCUCGCACGGACAAGCAGAAGACUGACGCUUUCCUUUCAGAUGAUGGUUAUGAUCAUGGUAUAGAGUUCUGUCUGGCCUUGCUGAACUUCUUCCACCCCGAAGAAAAGCUGCACGUUGGAGAAGAAGGUAGACGCGUCCGUCGAAAUAAAAGGAGUAAAGGCAGCGAAGGGCCCGACGGUCCAAGUUCAGUUAAAAACAAGAAAAAAGGUAAAAAGGCUGGUCCUCCAGGGCCCAAUGGUCCCCAAGGGCCACCAGGUCCUCCUGGGCCCCAGGGUCCUCCCGGCAUUCCCGGCAUCCCCGGGAUUCCCGGCACAACCGUCAUGGGACCGCCUGGCCCCCCUGGCCCACCGGGCCCUCAGGGACCACCCGGACUGCAGGGCCCCUCAGGUGCCACAGACAAGGCCGGCUCCAGAGACAUCCAGCCAGCUGUGGUCCACCUUCAAGGCCAAGGCUCAGCAAUCCAAGUGAAGAAUGGUGGAGUCCUCAAUGACUGGUCUCGCAUCACUAUGAACCCCAAGGUGUUUAAGCUGCAUGCCCGCAGUGGGGAGCUGGAGGUACUGGUGGACGGCACAUACUUCAUCUAUAGUCAGGUAUACUACAUAAACUUCACAGAUUUUGCCAGCUAUGAGGUGGUGGUGGAUGAAAAGCCCUUUCUGCAAUGCACUCGGAGUAUUGAGACCGGCAAGACCAACUUCAAUACCUGCUAUACAGCUGGGGUCUGCCUCCUCAAAGCCAGGCAGAAGAUUGCUGUGAAAAUGGUCCAUGCUGACAUCUCCAUCAACAUGAGCAAGCACACAACCUUCUUUGGGGCCAUACGCCUAGGAGAUGCGCCAGCAUCCUAGAUGAACUUGGCACGUCCAAGGAUACUCACGGAACUGCACAGUGCUGCUGUUCAUAAGCGUAUCAGUAUUUCAGGGGGUUCUGUAAUCCGGCCAUAAAGAAAACUGAUCCAGAGCUAUUUAUUCCUAUAUGUGAAUGCAGGAAGCACAAUUGUCUUCUGUGACUUGCAUGGAGACUUGGAUCAAAAAGCUAGUUGAAAAAGCAUUGUGAGGAAGAAAGGCCGUUGUGUCUGCCUUGUCUCAGUAUUUCAAGUAUUACUGCACUGAUGUUCUGCUCUGUGAUCUUCACACGAGGCUUGUUGAGAGUGGUGUGGGUCUCUGCUUUUAUGUUGCACUAGCAAGAGCAUCCCAGGCGGUAGCGGGAGAAGACAGACAGACUCCUGUCAAAAUUGUCCUACCCAGGCACUCCUGCUUCUGCACGCUAAGGAAAGCAAGAAAGGGGGCUUCUGGGUUUCUGCCUUCCCAGUUUGAACUGGAACGGCCACGGGAUGCGAAGGGAGGUGAAUAAGACAGGGUCAGUGGUGUUUACAUUCAUCCUCAGGAGUGCGAGCAAAGGCGGCCAAGUGCCUCUACCUAGAGCUUGGAAGCAGGCUGCGACAGCAGUAAGUGCGAGAGGAAGGUGAAUCCUUAGGAGAGCGGGAUUAGCAGAUAGGAAACUGCCUCCACGUUCCAGAAAUCACAAAGUCCCAAAGAAAAUGCCGAUUCCCGGUGCCAGAGCCUCUGCUACUUUCAGCUCCUGCCAUUACCCCAGAGGUAUACCUU